UUCUUUCGAAAGAACCCGAAAAUCAAAACAUGCCGAGUCUUUGUUUUUAUUUGGGGCUUUUUCUAACCCUCAGCUGUCAGGUUAACCUGUUGCUGGCGGCUAAGAACAAAAGCUGCUCCACAAUGGUAAAAGAAUUGGGUGAUGCCCAAAGCAAGUUUAUCUACUGCGCCACGGUAAAGUCAGUGCCCGUGAAUCUUUGUGUCGGAUGCAAGGAUCUCUACGGUAAUCUUCAGGAAGAAUUUGGAGCUUUAACGGCGGAUGCCAAUUGUUCUCAGCUGUACCUGAACUCGGAUCGCAUUAAAAUCGUAGCUACUACACAAGGAAUCCUCACUGGACUAUGGGAUAAGGCUAAUUGUCAUGACUGCUUCGUAAGAAACAAUUCGAUAAAGUACGACAUGCUUUCCACAACUUUGAGUGGGUGCCUGAAAAAUUCAAACGAGAAUAAUGUUUGCACCGAAUGCAAGCUAGCCUAUUUGGAUUUAAACAAUUUCUACAUGGACAUGGAAAAGGCAAGCAAGGGCCAAGUCUGUUUCGAUCUCCAGGACAAUAUGAAUCGCACUCGUCUACACUGGUCAAAGGAGCUCAAGUGCUGCCAGCGUGAAGUCAAGCUGAUUAAUUUUCUGAUUGCCGUGGGUGUGGUUGUACUACUGCCCAUAGUCACGUUCUAUGUUACAGCGAUUGUCGUAACGAAACGGCGUGAAGCAAACCACGAACUGCUGAACGAGCUGGAACCCGAAUUGGAUGCCCCAUCCACAUCGGCUCUUAUUACCGCCGCUGUUUUGUCUACAAGAACUGAACCUUCCAAUGAAAUCUCCGCAAGAAAUGAGAAAAUAGCCGAAGUGUUGCACCAACCCGCAGAUCAUGAUUCAGACUCGGAUGAGGCGCGUUUGAAACCAAAAGUAGCAAGAAGAAGUCAUCCUGAUUCCGAAACAGAUGCUUCAAGCGAUGAUGAGCCACACUCAAGGGCGAAACAUCUAAAUGCCCAGAGGUCUGAUUACUCCAGUGAUGACGAGCCUAUUGUGAAACCAAAGAGGGCGUAAUAGGAACAUACCCGAAGGUACUAUAUACUUCUCACACAAUAAUUUAUGGAGAUAUUUAAGUCUCUAAAUGCCAGACGAGUACUUGGUCACAUCUAUGGCUGGUACCAAAAAAAAUAUUAUAUUUUUCUAUAACUAAUAUUUACAUAUAUAUGCCAUG